AUGGCGCCGCAGCGGACGCAUCUUUCCGCCAAUGAGCUCCGUGCGUUGCAUUCCCCCGCCGCCCUUCCCUCCUUCCCGGUCCUCUCCUCCGCUUCUUCUCCCUUCCCCCGCAUCCCUUGUCCCCUUCCCCCAUUUUCCUGUCCCCUUUCCCCGCAUCCCUGUCCCGUUCCCCUACUUCCCUGUCCUCUUCCCCCACUUCCCUGUCCCAUCCCCCGCAUCCCCUGUCCCCUUCUCCCGCAACCCCUUCACUAUUCUGGUAAACGACGUAAGGUCCUCAACGAUGCGAGAACUGUGCAGAAAUACCGAAAGAUGAUUGGUCGGGAGAGGAAGGCGACAGGGACCGACCGGAUGAGUGGAUUGGUGGGGGGUGAUGGGAGGACAGAAGAGGAGGAAGAAGAGGGGGAAGGGGAAGAGGAGGGAGAUGAAGAGGAGGAAGAGGAAGUAGUGGGGGAGGAUAGGGAAGAGGAGAAUGAGGAGGAAGAGGAAGGAAGUCAGGAUGACGUUUCUAGUGAUGAAGAGGAGGAGGAAGAAGCAGGGCUAGAGGACCAAGUGGUUUGUGGCUUGGGAAUGGGAUCAAAACGGGAGGAGGCCGCACAGGAGUGGGAGAGGGGCGGUGUGGGCAAAGGCAGGGGACGAGGCCGGGGACUGGGAGGCGGGAGAGGAGGAGAGAGAGCGGUGGCAGGUGGAAGUGUGAGGGGUGUUGAGGGUGGGAGAAGAGGAGGAGAGGGUGUGCGGCAGAGGCCGUUGAAUCGGCUGGAAAGGAUAUGGAAGAAGCGAGAGGAGGAGGCUGCAAGGCAGGCGGCAGAGAGGGAGGCGAAGUGGAGGGAGAUGGAGGAGGGGAGGAGGAAGAGGGAGGAGGUGGAGAGGAGGAGGAGGGAGUUGAGAGGGCAGAUGAGGAAGAGGACAAAGAGCGGGCAGGUGGUGAUGAAAGUGAGGAUGGAGCAUCUGCUCGAGUCGAUUCAACGCAAUCAGCAGAAAUAG